AUGCUGAGAUUAAGCCGACUCCUGAGGCUUCAAUCCACUAUAAAGACUUACUCUAAAGAAAUCAUCAAACAAAUGAGGAGUGAAAUCGAUGCAAAACUAAUGAAAAGUAGAAACUUAGAAAUGGGAAGCGACAUUCUUGCCCAUGAAAAUCUUAAUUUAUAUCAAAAAGUGUAUGGCCUAUCUGUUUUAGAUGAGAAAUAUGCAAACAAAUCUCUUGAAGGAAACCCAAAAGCGAUCUAUAAAGUCUUCGAUCAAAUUAAACAAAACAUCAAAAGUCUAGACCCUUUAAGUCUAUUAGAGUUUACCCAGUUUCUUUCUAAACAUUGAGAAACAGAGUUAUUCCGACUAAAUAAAGAUAUUGACAAAAAAAAUCUCAUAGAUCAAACAAAUGAACUGUUUUCAUCAUUUACUGCCUCUCAAUUGAUUUCUUUAUUUAAAAGCUUAAAUGACAUAAAAGUCAACAUCAAGAUGUUAAAUGAUGAAAUAGAAAAGAUAGUUAUUAUGUCACCUAAUGAUUUAUCUGUAAAACAAAUUUCUGAAAUUAUUUCGGGAUAUGGGAAUAGAAACUUUACCACAUACAAGUAUGUUUUAGAUGUGCUACUAGAAAGAUUAUCAAAGUUCAAAAUUUCUGAAAUUGAUUGUGAUUCUGCGCUGAGGAUUCUUGAGGCUUUGACUUUUGCAUAUAAAAAUGCUUAUAACAAAAUAUUGAUAAAUGAUUUUUUAAGAAUUUUGGAGCCAUCUAUGAGAUAUUGGAAUGAUUAUCAGCUGCUUUCAGCUGCAUCUAUUUUGAGCAGGAUAGAGCUUGUACCAAUAAAACUAACUUAUUCAGUCUGGUCAGAAAUUUUAAAAAUUUUAGAGGCAAAUGAAAAUUUAGACAUUAGCUUUCAUAUUAAAGUUCUGAAAAUAAAACUGCAAAAAGAUAGGAUUAGCCCAUACAUGGAAUCUUGCAAGCUUGCACUUGAUUUAGCACUCAAAGCAGAGCAUAUAGGAGAAAAUGAUUAUUUACAAAUUUUAGAAAGUGCUAAAGCCGAAUUACUCUCCUAUGAAAAUGCUCUUUUAUUAAAAAGUCAUUUAAAAAAUAUUCAGUUUAGGCGACCUCAAAACUUUUUCAAAGUAAUUAAAUAUUCAUCACUUCUAACAUUCCAAAGUGAUGGGAAAAUCUAUUCGAUGGAUUCUUUAAUAUCACUUUUCGAUCUUCCUUUGCUUUCAAGCAGCAGCAUUCCUGAUAAUUUUUUUGAAAAAAUUAUGAUAUUGGACAACAUUUUAACUACAAAAAAUUACGAAAAUAAAAUUCUCAAAAAAUAUGCAGACGAUAUUCUAAAUCAAAUAUCUAUGCAAUGCUCAAACGAUUUUUGGAUUAAACAAUUUAUUACAGCAUAUAAUAGAUGCUUUGAUUUUGAGCUGUCCACAGCUACCAUACAAUUUUUAAAACCUCUCAAUAAAAUGAUGCAGAGCUCCCUUAUUUCACAAAUAAUUGGUGAUCCUGAUGAUAAAACCUUAUUAUGUGCGAUAAAUGUUCUCGGCCCAGAUUCUGAAGAAUGGCAACAUUUCAAAAAAAAAUAUGACCCACUCUUUACUCAAAAUCAAAUAUACCAUGCAAUUGAGUGUCUCAAUAAAUCAUUUGCAAAAAUCAAUGAAAUACUAUCUAUACCAGAACUUCAAUCGCCAGGAUUAUUAAAAAGUGCUGCUAGCAAAAUACAUAUUGCAACUACAAAGGAAUUUAAUGAUUUUUUGAUUAUUUUAAAUAAAUAUCCUGCAAAAGAAUUUAUAAGCAAAAUCAAUUUAAUUUUAAUACCUGAACUUUCGCAUAAAAUUUCGCUGGAAGGAGACUUAUCAUUGAUGUCUGAGUUAUUUGAAAAAUGCUCUACUGAAAUAUACCAAUUAAAUUCCAGUGAAUUUAAAAAUGAAGCGAUUUGACGAUUUUUGUAUUUAAUGGCACAAGCACAAAAAUUAAAUGAGAACCUUGCCAAUAAAAUUAUUUCAAAUACUGACAUAAAUUUUAAACAAAAACAUUAUAUAUAUCCAGUAAUUCAAGCAGCUUCAAACCAAGAAAGGGUCGAGCAAUUGCUAAAAGAGUCUCUGCUGAAAGGUACGCAAUUUCAAGAGCUCAUAAAUGCCAUUAAAGAAAUACUUGCAAACCCCAGAAAAGAAUUUAUUGAUGAAAUAUUAAUCAAUGAAAUAAAUAAAAGACAGUUUAAUUACUCAAAUUUCGACCUAUUUUGUUUUAAUAGGGCCCUACAGACUUUAGAAAAUCGUAAGCAAGAAUAUAAAAAACUAUUUGACUGUUUAGUUAAUUUAUUUGUAGAUGCUGUGAAUAAAAAUAUAAGAAAACUGGAUAUGAAUGAAGUAGUAAACUUAUUUGAGUUUAAGUUUAUUAAAUUACUCUAGCACUACGGUUCCUUAAGUCUUCUUACUUGAGGUCCAGCUACAUCAACAGCUCUCAACCACAGUAGGUGAGCCGCCUAACCGUCGAACCGUUAAAGUUAAUAAGCCCUUCCAGACUUCUUUAGUUAAUGUCAACCUCAUCAUUGACUUCUUCUCUACAAGCCGAGACUCUCAAGAAGCUUUGACUUCUCUCACUAAACUCGGAUUAUAGGUCCAUCCUAUUUGAACAGGUGCUAGGACCUAUCCCUAACUGAAAUUUUUAAUAUUGUGUAUUUGAGUUAAUAUAAUUAAAAUAUGGCGUCUUCGACUGGGCAUGGCCUCCCGGCCAUGCAGCCUCGACACAUAUUUUAAUUAUAUCCGGCAAGGUUUUUUACCAAUCCAGAAAUAGACAGCAAUGCUAGGUAAGCAAUUCUGGUAAUGUGCAGAGCCUAGCUCAGCCCAAUUUGAGGGUUGGGUUUUUACCUCGAGGGAAAGGAGGGUUUGGAUUUGGAAAGGGCAAGCUCAGCUAAGUCUGCAGGUAAUACCCAGACCAAUCGGGCAACUGCCUAGCGUGAAGCCGGGCGUUACGUCCCAGGAUCUAGACUUUUCCUUUUUGCCGAGAGGUCGAACAGAAAUUCCAUUUUUUGUAAUUUUUGAAUGGCCAACCUCGUGACCCAUGCAGCAGCCGCAGAAGUCCAUAGUCCGCCCACUCAACACUGGGCCCGAAAGGGAAGGAGGAGACGUUCGAAGUAGAAUCCCACACUUCAGAGGUGCCAUGGCAUCAGGCGCUGAAGGAGAAGAAAGGCAGUGUCAGAGCCGAAACACUUGCCCGGCGAAACAUUGUCCCAAUUCAAGCAAGGCGAAGAAGAAGACGGCGCAAAGCGCAUGAACCACCCGUGUGGGUAGGUCCUUGGUGACUGCGUAACCAAUAUGGCAGACGCCUCCCUGUAAUAAUGCUAAUGUUAAUGUGUAUUUGAGUUAAUAAAAUAUGAUUGAUCUGACAAAUUAAACUGAAAUGGCAUUUCUGAACACUUAAUAUCAGGUCCAGAGAGAGACAAAAUAGUAAACUGAAACCCUACCUUUACAAAUAAAUUAGUUCAAAGCGGAUUUUAUAAUAAGACGAUUUUUGAUAUCUUGCUUAACGGAAAGCUCAUGAGAUAUAACGAUCCAUUUUAUGGGCCCGAACAUCUUUCAUGUCUAGCAGAUAUAAAGCCAAUGAUGAGGCAUAACGACAAUGGAAAUGCCAUCGCUAAAAAUUUAAUUGAUGUAGCAACAAUGAAAAUGAUUACCUUUAGAAACAAUAUUUCCACGAUAAAAUGAUUAUAUGGGAUUAUGAACUUUAAAUCACUUGAAUCAGAAAUCGAAAGGCAUUACCUAAAUUCUAAAGAAUUUGAAAUAAAAGAGCUCACAUUUAAGCAUAUUUUAGUUGAAAAUUAUAUAGCCUUAAACUGCUCAUAUUUAAAGCCAGACCUUGAUUUGCAACAUUGUUUUGACUUUUUAAGCUAUUUUGGAUUCAAUAGAGGCUUACUUAGUUCAUAUAAAUUACUGUUUGAGAAGGGGGGUUUUGAAGUAAAAGAAAAUGAGUUUGUUAAUAAUAUCUGGGUUCCUCUUUAUUUAGUGAAGAAAAGAAUUGCUUUAUGGCCUGUUUCCAAUAAAAUUUGGUUUUACGGCACAAAUGUAUUGAGAGGAGAGUUCUGUAUGCAUAAACAGCAUAUCAAGCAAAUGUGUGAAAAUGUGGCUUUUCUACCUCAGUAUGAAGAAAAUAUGGAAAAUGCUGAUCCCAAUGAAAUUUUAAAGAAGUUCAAGCUGAGAAUAGAAUAA